AUUAAGCCAAAGCAACACGGGCUGGGGUGAUGCCGGGAACAGUUGCCGAAGACCGCAAUGUUUUGAUCGAUUUUCCGCCGCUUAAAAUGUUGGUGGACGUCUUUGUUAACAGCCCCGAGUGAGGCGACGCGCCGGACUGAAGGAGGCGGCCCCCCCUCCUCGACACCCCCAUGCCCGGUGGUGCCCCCGAGGCCGCCUGAGGGCCCUGCGUUGACCCUUAACCCCGCCCUGACCCUUAAGACACUCAUCCACAGAUAUAUAUUUUUUGUUCCGUACUUUAGUGUAUAGAAGCGUAAAGUAUUUUUUUAUGGUUUAAAUUAAAGGGUAAAGUGUUAGCCGUGUCUGGGACCAGCGUAGAGUAAUCUCACCGCCGAAAGAUUUACGCCUAGCGAAAAGGAGACGAGGCGAUCGAGUCCAGUAUUUCUGUAAGCUGUAAUUAGUAAGCCCAAGCUCGUCGUGUUGCCACAAGGCGUAAAGCGCCGGCAAGUGCACAAAAGUUCAAAGUUGAGAAGUGAGUCUUAGAUCUGACGUUACGUGUGUAAGAACAAAAACACUCGCUCUGAGCACAAGCCAGCAGCCAAUGACACAAAGCAAGCGCCGUUUGGAGUGACAACUCAGCUAACACACACACAUGCACAAACAGCAUCGAUCACACACCAUGACAGUUAUUUAAGUCACAGCCACCACCACCACCAUGAGUAGCCAGGACCUUCCGCUGCUGUCCAACAUAGCGGACAUCCGCGCCAGACACUACCUGCUGCAGCUACACCCAAACUUCCACUCCAAGGUUAUGCGCGGGAAGGUCAUCAUCUUCUUUGAGCCACCCACCGCCUGUGAGCGCCGCGGCGGCUGCUGCACCAGGGAGUGCACGUGUGAUGAGAAUGACCGGCCCAUCAUCCCCCCCAGCAGACUGGCCGGGUUCAGGGCACAGAAGCGGCCCGUCCCGCCCCUGGACUCAGACUCCGACUCCGACGAGGAUGUGCAGCUGCCGCCAGACUCCCAGGUGGGGGGCGGGGAGGGCGCCAAGGACAAGGACUUUGAAGUGGUGCUGGACUGCUGUGACAUCCGCGUGCGUGGCGUGAGUGAGGUGAGCAGCGAGGGCGUGGACCUGCGGCAGUACCUGGACCCCCAGCAGCAGCGCGUGUGCCCCUCAGCGGUGGCCCUGUGGUGUGGGCAGCGGCACUCCCCCCUGCACUAUGCCGUCAGUCCCUGGUGCAUCAAGAUCUGGAAACCCGGCAUCAAGGAGGCCGAGGGCUUCCCGCGAGUGGUCUGCAUCGACUACGAGACCACGCCCCAGGGCAAGUCCUUGCUGUGGCGCAGCGACCAGGAUGGCAACUCCUGCGUCUUCACGCCAGCGGCUGCCAUCAACAACCGCUCGCUGCUGCCCUACCAGGACCCCCCCUCGGCCAUGGCCACCUGGCAGGCCUGGGUCACUGUGGGCCGUGACAAGGUGGUCAGCAUGACUGGCGACGCCCGGCCCCUGCGCUGCCCACCCCCAGGCGAGGACGGCACCAGCGGCGACCCCCCCACCCACGCCCCCUUGGAGGAGUGCUGCUGUGCCCCAGACCAGGAGGAGGGGCUGGUGCUGUCCUCCACCACGUGCUUCUACUACCACACCACCAUGGUGCUGCCCAUGGCCACCAUCGCUGUGGCCAUUGGCCGCUGGGAGGUGGAGACCCUGCCCACGGUGCUGCCCAUGGCCCGGCACCCCGAGGCGGAGGCAGCGGGGCGUUGCCACCACUACCAGUACCCCUGCCACAUGGACCCCGAGCGCUGGCGCUACGAGACGCCUGUCACGCUGGUCUACCCACCCUCCUGUGCCCGAGCUGUGCAGCCCCUGGGCUGCUUCCUGCCCCACGCCCUCGCCGCCGCCACACGCCUGCUGGGUGUCUACCCCUGCCGCCGCCUGGAGGUGGUGGUGCUGCCACAGUGCUUUGGCAGCCUGGGCCUCGCCUCGCCCAACCUCAUCUUUCUCUCGCCCACCGUGGCCAUCGACGACCCAUCGGCAUUCAUUCGCCUUGCCCAUGAGAUCAGCCACGCCUGGUUUGGCAUCGUCAUCGGCGCACAGGACUGGACGGAGGAGUGGCUGAGUGAAGGCUUUGCCACCUACAUGGAGGACUCCAUCUACUCCAGGGCGGCGCUGGCCUACCAGCGGGCACGGACAACCACCGCCAAGCCCCUCACCACCGCCAAGCCUGCCGCCACCACCAAGCCUGUCACCACCACUGCCAAGCCUGUCACCACUACUGCCAAGCCUGCCACGGACACCACCGCCACCACCACCACCACUACCACCACUAAGCCUGUUGCCACCACCACCACCACGACCACCACACACACCAACCCCAAGAACAACACACAGAAGAAGCGGAAGAAGGACGACGAUGACGAGGACUACUGCGUGGAGGACGAUGAGGAGGAUGACGAUGACGAGGAGGAGGACACCAACAGCAGGCCCCGGGCAGCCAAGGACAACGGUGCCAGCCAGGUGAAGGAGGAAGAGGAGGAGGAGGAGGAGGAGGAAGAGGAAGAGGAUCAGGAGCCCUGCUUCAGGUGUGCCUCCUCUGACCCCCAGUGUGGGUGCACCCUGCAGGCCAGCCUGGCCCUGGGUGCCAGCCUGCCCCUCAAGCUGUGCUCCAGCCACGCCCUGACCCGGGACAGCCUGGAACAGCUGGCGGAGCUGCGGGCACACCUGCGCUACCGCACGCUGGCUGGGGAGGUGGAGCACUCGGCGGAGGAGCUGCAGACGCUGCGGCCCAUGCAGGGCGAGGGGCUGGUGGGGCCCGACGGGGUCAACUAUGUCAGGAAUGGCCUCAACCCUGAGAAGACCUUCCUGCAGGUGCACUACCUGAAGGGCUACUUCCUGCUCAAGUACCUGAGCCAGCUGGUGGGCCGGGACAGGUUCGACGCCAUGCUGCGGGAGUACGUGUCGGUGCACCACGGGCAGCUGGUGCUGUCCAGCCAUGUGCUGGACUACUUCCUCAAGACCUUCCCCCACGUGGAGGCCGAGGGCCUGACCAGCGACGCCCUGCUGGAGGAGUGGCUGCACCAGCCCGGCCUCAAUGACGAGAUCAACGACAUGUUCGGCGACGUGUCCAAUGAGCUCUUUGAGCAGGUGGGGCAGCACCUCAAGUUCUGGGAGCACUUUGACAAGUCCAAGAAGCGCUCCGGCCAGACCAUCAAGCGGGCCAAGGUGCAGCUGGAGCCCUUCCUGUUCCCGGACCAGCUGGUGCUGCUGCUGGAGCACCUGCUGGAGCUGCCCAAGGUGUACAAGCGCACGCUGCGGCAGAUCAACGAGUACUACGGCAUGUGGGCGCAGUGCGGGGACGUGCGCCACCGCUGGUGCGAGCUCAUCAUCAAGAGCGACUACGAGGACCUGCAGCAGGUGGAGCGCUUCCUGCUGGAGGACCAGGCCAUGGGCGUCUACCUCUACGGGGAGCUCAUCAUCUCCAGGAACGUCAAGCACCGCCGCCUGGCAGACCAGGUCUUCGGCAAGAUCCAGGAGGACAUGGACGAGACCGCCCGCAUGACCGUCUUCUCCAUGCUGUACGGGGAGUAGCCGCCGCCGCUGUGUGAAGUAGUGACUAAGGUUCUCAGCACAAAUCAGCAGACACUAACCACAUGUCUAGAGGGGGGAGGGGGGAGGGGGCCGGGGAGGAGUAGUGUUGGAGUACCAGAGUAGAGCAGAGCCAGCAGCUGUCUGUGCGUGUGUAUGAAUGUAUGUACGUGUGUGAGCAGGCUUGUAUGUGUGUGUGUGUGUGUGUGUGUGUGUGUGUGUGUGUGUGUGUGUGUGUGUGCACGCUUCGUAUAUGUGCAUUGCAUAUGUGUGUAUGUGUGUGUGUAUUGGCAUUUUGUGUCUGUCUGAGCUGGUAUUUUUUUGAGGGACUUGGCGGCAACAUUCCCACCACUUGCAACAGUUUGCCUUCACUGUUUAGGUUCUCAUCGGAGCGGACACACAAACAAACAGACCACUGACCAAGGCCGACACAAAAUUGUCUCAACACAACAACCUAUCGGGAAGCGUUUGCAAGGUAACGAACGACACAAAAAAAAGAUGAUUUAUUAGAUUACUGCUAUUUGUAGUGCUUAAGAGUACCAUUAAUAAUUUUCCAACUAUUUUCUACAACCCGUUUGUGAAGGACAAUCUUACUAAUAAAAAUGAGUUGCUUGACAGUGGA